CGCCUAUCACGAGUCCGUCAUUAGCAGCAUCGACAGCGACAUCGACGACGACCACAACACACACCUCUGCCCGCCAUGUCCAUGUUCCCAGCGCGCCUGGCCCGCAAGGUCACCAUCGCCACGACGAGGGAGGAGGCGCGCGUUCGCGUCAUCGACGCCUACCGCGCGUGGUACCGCUCCGCGCCCGAGAUCUGCGCGCUCUACGCCCUCAACGUCUCGCCGUCCGCUCUCCGUCUCAAGUUCCGCCAGGACUUUGAGAAGAACCGCAACAUUGACGACUUGGCCGUCAUCAACGUCCUCCUCCACAAGAACCAGCAGGAGUACCAGGAGACGAUGAACUGCUGGAAGCAGGAGCCCCACCUCCUCCACUGGUUCAAGCAGUACGAGGACCCAGCAAAACCCGUCUCAUUCCUCGACAAAUUCUACAGCGGACGCGACGACCCCAAGCAGGUCGCCUCCUUCUAAACGCAAUCAUGCAUGAUGUAAAUCAGGAUCCAAA